AUGAGAGAUGAGUCACAAGGCCUGGCAAGACCAGACGACGUGUUCGAUGGGGAGAGGCUGUUUGGUUUACCUGAGCCCGCACCACGCGGAGUCGCGGGGCCGCAGCUUCCCGGCAGCAAGGCCCAGGAGUGGACGGAAGAACGAACGAGCCUGCAGCUGCAGCAGCGUCUCCUACUCGCGCCGCACCCCUCACACUGGACUGAGCGGGGAUCGAGCCGUGGUGCCGCCCCUGUCAGGCUCCGUCUCCGCCUCUCUCCGCUCCGCCUUCCUCCUUCCUUUCUCCUCCUCCUCCUCCUCCUCCUCCUCCACCACCGUCUGCGCUCUAGUUCUAAUUCUUCCUCCUCCGCCCUCCUCAGCCUCCUCCCCUUAAGCCGGCUGCCGGCCUCUUCCCGAACCAAAACACAAACACUCAAGUCCCGGCGCCGCAGCUACUUCCGCUGCCCAGCGCCGACCCCGCCGCCACGUCGCGGCACGCAGGGAGCUACGCCCCUUCGUCACUUCCGGCCGACGCCAGCCCGCCCGUUGCCUUCGCUCUGUCGCCCCUGUUCAAAGCCUUCCCAUCCUGAGCCUAGUGGCGGGGCUGCGCGAGACGCCUAUCACGUGAUGGCCGCGCUGGAGGCCUCCCCUCCCCCAGCUGGAGCGCGCGCAGCCCCGCCCUCGCUAGCGCCAUUGUUAUCGGGGCGGGGAUCCGGAGACCUCCUGGUCUGAGUCUUGUUUUACGGACAGAGGCCCUUUCUUCCUGGGGAUCCGGUGGGUCGACAAAGAGCAGCAAGUCCAAGAACCCAGUCUGAGGCCGGAGGAUCACUUUGAAUUAAAGGCCAGCCUGAACUACAGCGAGACCCUGUCUCAAAAAAUUCAAACUAAACCAAACCAAAUAAUAACGUUUAAUGCUUAUACUGCGAGUCUUUUAUUCUGAAACUUAUUGGUUCUCUAGCUUCGUUAGAGAAUUAACGUCCCAAAGCCCGUGUCCAGCACAGUGCCUAGAGCCUUAAGUCUUAAGUUAUGGUUGUGGAAUUAAUGAAUGAGACGUGCCUAUUUUACAGGUAUGGAAUUUGAGGGAGAAGAGAUUGAGUAACUUGCUCAAGAUCAUGCCUAUUUGGUGAUGAAGCUGGAUUAUUUUUUUGUUGGGUUUCUUUUUGGUUUUUUGUUUGCUUGUGUUUUUGAUUUAGGGUCUUCCUCCAGGCUAACCUCCAGCUCGCCAUAAUCCUCUGGCCUCUGCCUCCCAAGUGCUGGGAUUUCAGGCGUGUGCUACCACACCCCGCAAUGAAGCUGGAUUCUAACCUGCAGGCUCACUCCAGAAUGUAUGUUCUUAGGGUUCUAGUGAAAUACAAGCCAAGAUGUUCUUUACUCUCCACAGCAGGCCUAAUUGAGACAUGAUUUUAAAAAAAUUAUGGGGGAGGGGUUUAA